AUGCAUAUGUUAUUUAAAAAAACAAAAAUAAAACCCAAAUCCAAUCCUUCAGACAACCAUUUCCCCUUCCUCCUUUCUCAAUCCCUAAUCUCCCGUCAUUUCACCCAAUUUCGCCGCGUCAAUCUCUUGGUUAGCGUCGAGUUCGCCGUCGACGAGGAAGCCUUGCCACCGUUUCAUCAAUUCCUUCGCUUUUUACGGUUCUCUCCAUCUGUCUCUCUCUUUCUCUCUUGCUCUCUCUCACUUUCUUCUAUUAGUUGCAGGGGCAAUUUGGUUGCUAUUCAUGCUGGAAACAGGGGCUAUCCUCCGAAUAAGGUUGUCUGUACUGAAGGACCCGACAAAGUCAGAGAAUUAAUUGCCAUAGGCGCUUCAUUUGAUCAUGGAGAAGAUGGUAACUUGCAUCUAGUGAGGGAAGGGGGUCAUUCACAUUGUCGAAUUGUUCAUGCUGCUGAUAUGACUGGAAAAGAAAUUGAAAGGGCUCUGCUAAAGUCAGUUGUUAAUCCUAAUAUUUUUGUGUUUGAACACCAUUUGGCUAUAAAUCUUCUCACUUGUCAGGAUGGAUCUGAUAUCACUUGUGUUGGUAUUGACACUCUGAAUACUGAAACAUUAGAGGUGGUAAGAUUCCUUUCAAAUGUGACUUUGCUUGCAUCUGGUGGAGCUGGACAUAUUUAUCCCAAAACUACAAAUCCUCUGGUGGCUACCGGAGAUGGAAUUGCCAUGGCACACCGAGCUCAAGCUGUGAUUUCAAACAUGGAGUAAGUAGAUGAAGGCAAAAGGAUACAUAACUUAUGCAUCACAAAAUCUCUUGAAGGCAAAAGGAACUACAUAUUAAGUUAUAGUGUUGGGUUUUAAAUUGCAGCAUGAGUAUUUAUGUGUAAUUUGUUUGUAUUUGUAAACAUGUUGUAAAAGCAUGUAUAUGAAUGAAUUAGAUUGACUGAUUUGUUGACAUUAAAUUCUUGAAAUUAGAUUGGCUGUUUUGGGAAA